AGUUGGCAAAUUGUAAGGUUCCGAACUGGGCAUGUGAGACUGUAUCUCCUCUUAUGUUAUAUUUAUGUUAUGUUAUGAUUUAGAUUAUAAUAACUUUAGUUCAAAAUACAAAAUGCAUUGGUGUUAUUCUGUAUUUUCAAACAAAAUGCUUUAGCUUUCAUUCUCUUUUAUUUCAGAGGAAGAGAGACAUGUCUGUGAUGAUGGACCGAGUAUGUUCCAGGACCAGCUGGCGGAGAAGGUCCGGCCCUUCAUAGACUUAAUAGACUACAUGAGAUCCAUAGGGAUAGAUAAGGAGCUGCCUCUGCCAACCAUUGCUGUGGUGGGAGACCAGAGUUCAGGAAAGAGCUCUGUGCUUGAGACCCUAUCUGGGGUGGCGCUGCCCAGAGGGACUGGUAUUGUCACCAGGUGCCCACUGCUACUUAAACUCUGUAACGACAGGACAGUGAAAUGGGAGGCUGUCAUCUCAUACGGAGGGAAAGUCUUUGAGUUUGACGAACCUUCAGAAGUCGUGAGACAAGUUGAACAAGCUCAGAACGCGUUAGCUGGAAAGGGAGUGGGGAUAUGUGAAGCCCUGAUCACUCUAAAAUCCUCCACGGUGUGUGACCUCAGUCUGAUUGACUUACCAGGGAUCACCAGGGUGGCUGUGAAAGGACAACCAGAAGACAUUGGAGUCCAAAUCAAUAAUCUCAUUUUGAAAUUCAUAAAGAAUAAGAGAACCAUUAUUUUGGCGGUGGUACCAUGUAAUGUUGACAUAGCAACAACAGAGGCUCUGAAAAUGGCACAACAAGUGGAUCCUGAAGGCACAAGAACUCUGGCCAUUCUGACAAAGCCAGACCUGAUAGACCCGGGAGCAGAGAAGAAUGUGUUGGAAAUUGUCCACAAUAGAGUCAUCUUUCUCGGCAUGGGCUAUGUCAUUGUGAAAUGUCGUGGUCAAAAGCAAAUUGAUGAAAACAUGUCAAUAACCCAUGCGAUUGAGGAGGAGUUGGAAUUCUUCCGAAAUCACGAGCACUUCAGAUCCCUCGUGCGUGAGGAGAAGGCAACCACCAAGUGCCUAGCCAAAAAGCUCACCAAUGCCCUGUUCAAACAGAUCAAGACAUAUCUGCCCCAGAUGUCAGAGAAGAUAAAGGAGCAGCUGGGGGAGGUAAAGCAUUCGUUGAGUAAAUUAGAGGACGGGCCUCCCCUUGAACCUGAAGAGAAGAGGAAGUACCUCAUUCAGGUCAUAACAGAUUUCAAUGAGCAGAUUACCCAACUGUCCAAAGGGGAUAUUAUCGUUGAGGAGAAUCUAUUUGAGCUCAUGCGAAAGGAAUUUACAGAGUGGAUGAAAUGUUUGGAAUAUGACAAAUCAAACUACCACAAAGUAGUGCAACAAGUGGUGGAUGAAUAUGAUCAGGAGCACAGGGGAAGUGAGCUGUCAGGUUUCAGUAACUACAGGGUAUUUAAACGUGUUGUUCAGAAACUAGUGGCUGAACUUAAGACACCAGCCAUGACGACACUACAGAAGAUCAGAGACAUGGUGCAAAAGCAAUUUGAUCAUUUGUCCAGAGAGAGCUUUAAGAAUUAUCCUUAUCUUCAUCUGGUCUCAAAGAAAAACAUUGAAACAAUCCAGGAAAAGCAGUCAAACAUAGUGAAGGAGAGGAUCGUGGAGCAGUUUGAGAUGGAGAUGCAGGUCUACACACAGGAUGAAAUCUUCAACAAAGUUAUGCUGGAGGCGGAAACACAUAUUCUAGAGGAGGGGGAAAUAGCAGAAGACAAAGAGCAAGACACCAGGAGCAAGUACCCUGGGCUGCUCAAGGCAUACUAUGAGAUUGUGGUGCAAAGACUGGCUGACCAGGUGCCCAUGAUGAUCUGUUACUUCAUCCUGAAGCAGUCAGCCAAGAUUGUGUGCAGUGAAAUGCUGGAUCUGCUACACAGAGACGACACUGAUAACAUCCUACAGGAGGAUUCAGAGAUCGGACAGUAUCGUGCAAAGUUGCAGGCCCAAGCGGAUCGCCUUAUACUGGCCAAUGAGAAAAUCAGCAGCUUCUGAGGACCAAGCGGAUCGUCUUUGACUGGCAAAUGACAAGAUUAGUAGACUAUGAUUGACAAUUUGUCAAUGCAGAAAUUCUGAGAUGGAGCCAACAAAGCCUGCAAUAAUUAUACCUACAUUUAUCAUUUGAUCAGCAUACAGGACAUUUUAAAUGUUGGGCAUCUCUACAUUUGAUCAAAAAUGUGUUUAAAAUAAAAUGAUUUGACAGUUGUAUCAUCACAUA